UACUGACUCCUGACUUACUGGCUUAAGAUUCUGUUUCCUGGAGACCCAAACUGUAAUUUAAGUUUGUCUUGGUUUGGCUACUUGUGGCUUAGCAUAAGUGUCUCCAUUUGGGGCCCUUUUGUCUUGGUUUUAACACUUUCUAUGAAUUUUCCUUGGAAGCUCAGUAAUCACCCCUUACAGCUCGUUACCAUGGAGGAGUAGGGUGAUGAGUAUCUCUGUCUGGCUUGUGUGGUUUUCCUUUGCUGCUGUGGCCUGGCUUUACUUACAGUCCAUUCAUUUUAAUGGAAGCACUGAUGGGGUGGCUUUUAGGAAGUGGGCCUGGGUGUGGGUAGAACAGUGAGGGAGCCAGGCUGCCUUAAUCCCCACGGAUGCCAACACAAAGGCUCUUAAUCUCCAGGGAGAACACUUAAACUUGCAUUUAUUCCCAGGUAAAGCUGCCUUCGAAAUUUUGUUACAUGUGUUUUUUUUGAAAAUUUUUUGUUUUUAUUUUAUUUUUUUCCAGCAUCUGAUACAAAGUCCAGAGUUUCCUCAAGUUUUGCUCUUUCUCUUGGGCCUGACAACCCACUGGCCAUGUAGACAAAGCAUUGUUUUGGUGAGUGGUUCUCAAGUUUUAUUCAGAAAGUUAAAGGUUUUCUCUGCAGGCCCCAGGAACCCGGAGAGGCAGCACCCAUGCGGCCAGGUGUCAGCCAUUUAGGUGGUUGUGUUACUGCCCGUGGGCCUGCCCAAGGCCCGCCCCUGAUCCUAAGGCUAAUCCUGGGUGCUUCUCCCGGGGUUUGCUCUGAGCUCUUCCGGGAGGAACCACACUCGCCUCUGCUCUCUUGGGACCGAGAGAGAUGCCGAAGGUCAUGGAAGAUUGAAGUGAUUGUCACAGAACCCUUGCUUUGGCAAGAGCACAGCUGUGAAGAUUCAUUUAUUCUGGUAAUGAACAAAAGAUGGGAAGUUUCCUGCUCAGGAAUUGGGACCUCUACACCGGAUUCUGCUGAUGACUGUGUGGACAGGUGGCAGCUUUCAGCAUCAGUUUUCCUUGCUGAACAGCUUGCUGCAAAGCGUGGGCUUGGAAGUGCUGACCGGGGGAGGACGAGAGGUAUGUCACGUACAGCACCUGGCCAGACAGGACUCUGUGAUGCUGAUCUGAUGGGCAGACAGGAGCAGGAGUUCCAGAGCAAGAGCCUGACUUUGGAUUGAGGGAUCAGUCAUCACGAUUGAAAUGACAAAUUGAUUGAUGACGAUCAAGACAUAAUAGAAUCACACUUGCUCUUUUAUGGCUCCAUGGCCACUUCUUUAGAAAUACCAGCCAAAUUUUGUUGUGUCACAAAAAUCAGCAAAUAUGAUUUGAAGCAAAAGCAAUGAGAGAAGAAAGGAAUGAACAAUGUGCCGUAUUUGCUCUGGCACCUUUGGGACGCUAACUACCUUGGCAGGUUCAUCCACACUCAGUCACCAUGACAGAGAGGAGUGGGGUCUUUUUGUACUAGGUGCUACUCACAUCCGUGUUCUGGAAGACGGAGUUCCAAGGAUCAGGAAAACCUGUGAAAGCUACCGUUUAGGAGGUGAUAGUCACACAGUCAGAUGUAACAUGCAGUGGGUGAUAUUAGCUUGUUGAGCCCUGGAACCUUAGGAGAAGUUACAGGGGACAUAAAUAGACAAUAAAAGAAUAUUCACUGUGAGUUUAAUUUUGCUCAAAUUCCAGAGGAUCUCCCCUUGCCAAAUACAUUUUAAUAAAACUUAUUUCCUGUGCAUUGGCUCACUCCUAAGUCCCUCCUAGGAGUGAACAUUUAUUUGGCUGUUUAGUGUAUAAGUAAAUUUUCAGUUUUUCAAAUAAACUAUAUUGAGCUGUUUUCACCAA